UGCAAUUAUCAUUGAUUGUAUUCGAAUAAAAGGGAAAAUUAUAAAAAUAAUAAGAUAGAUUUCAACUGCCAGUGACGAUAUCGGAAAGACAGUGUGUGCUCGGACAAAGCGGCGAGUUUAUCUGCCAGUGUAGAUAAAAGAAAGAUCUCCGUUGUGAAGGGGGAAAUCAUUAAGAUUUUGAGAACUUGAUUUCAACACAGAAUAAGACACAAUGAAUGGGACAUCUCCCUUUAAAAUGAAUUUAUCUACAACGCCCCUGGCUAUGGUUAAGACGGACAACACAGCAGAUAUGGUAAGCGUUGCCAAGGAGAUGCACUGGUAUAGCAGCGUGGUCUUUGGUACUUUCUUUGUGGUAGUUGGUCUUAUUGGGAACAUGCUCUCCAUGAUUAUCUGGAACCGGAAGUCGCUUAGAUCAUCAACCGGAACUUACCUGAUAGCACAAGCGGCAGCGGACAUGAGCGUCCUUAUCUUUUUCUUCUUCACGGACUCCUUAGAAAUGAUGGACCCGGAUAUCAAGAAGGAAAACUCGUAUGGGAUGUUCUAUUCUUACAUAGGAUAUCCCAUAUUUUACUUGGCGAUUAUCAUCAGUAUAUGGAUGACCGUUGGCGUCACUGUAGACAGAUAUAUACAAGUCUGUUGGAUCAGUUACUCAAAAUCGAUGUGUAACCACAAGAGAUCCUUAUCUGGAAUCGGAAUCAUAAGCUUGCUCUGUUUCAUCAUAAACAUUCCUCACUUUUUUACAUACGAACCAGUCCACGAACGAAAUGCAACAGACGAUUCGUAUGUAAUGACGGAAUUCGGCAAAGGACACGGAAGUCAGAGCUAUGAAUUCUGGGUACACUGCAUGUUCCUUGUUUUGGUACCCUGGGUAACAAUAUUCUGUUUGAAUUUGAUGAUCAUAAAACAGGUCCUGAAAACCGGCGCGAAAAUGAGCGACAGGAAAAGUGUCUACGCCAAGGAGAAAACCAGGAGAGCAGAGAACCAGUUGACGACAUUGCUUCUUACAGUGACCUUCACAUUCCUUGUCCUGAUAGCAUUGCAGUGUAUCACCCAAUGCUUCUUCAUGAUGAAGCCGAAGACAGUCAACUUUGAACUUGUGAACGAGGCUUUCGCUGUUGCAAAGCUCGGUGUGAUCAUCAACUCCUCAAUCAACUUUUUCUUGUACUGCCUGAGUGGACGCCGUUUCCGGAAGGAACUCUUCAGCAUUAUGGGAUGGCAAUUUAACUUCGGCGAUAACAGCGACCUCUCUUCAGACAGAAGCGGAUCAGGAUCGGAAUCGAAAACUUCUGCAAUGUGAGGUUCCCCCUGUGCGGUAUAAUUUCAUACCUUGCAGUCCUACUUGGAAAUCAUGGACCGUUUUUCAAGUCUUGUUGUAUUUAUUCAUUAUGAUGCGAUUUUUUUGUACCACGAGGAAGAAAAAUAAUGUCGUACAUGUAUAAACAUAGUGACUAUUUGUUUAUGAAUUGUUAUCAUUUAUUGAUUUUGUAAAGAUUCGUAACAUUUUUCGCGGAUUAUAUGCUAUCAAAUUAUCUUAAUACUCAAAACAAAUAUGGGGGUAGAUUGAGUAUUGGUCGAAUGAAAAAAAAUGCUUAAAAGGUGGUAGUGAGAGAAAAAUGAGAGAUAAUCAGGAAAAACAGAAAAGAGAUAUAUAAAGAAGUCUUAGCUAUUCAUGUUAUUCGUGAUUGGAUGAUUUGGUGUUAUUGACAGUUUAAAUUUUUCUUUUAAAUUAAUUUACAACUAUUAUAGACUUAAGAAUAUUCAGAGCUUAAAAUAUUGUAUAAACACUCUUCCUGUAUAUUGUUGAAGACAGUUUGUUUCCUUUAGAUAUAUUUUUUAUAGGUUAUGUCGUUAAUUUGCUAUCUCAUUGCCAUUCAUUCCUUGCUGUUUUUAUUCAUAUAAAAUGUAGACAUUGUGAUAGGAAUGCCCAAAAAUUAAGAAAAGAUAUAACCCGAAUAAUCCAGUCGUUACAUUUCGAUCACUACUGACCGCGAGAGGGCGAUGUAAACACAAGAUAAAGUAUAUUUGGUCAGCUCCCACAACAAUAGUAAAAGUCUACUAGUUCAAAAAAUAAAAUAACCUGGAACAUAGUAAAAUGAUGCGGACUGUGUAUAAUUAUCAGGAAAAAAAAUCAUUUGGCAUAAUCAGCAAUACAGAAUGGAUAGGGAUCUAUUUUUUUUGGUGUUAUUUAACGGUUAGACCAUUUACCGUUAUUCUUUUGUCCAUCAUUUUCAAAGAAACUAUUCUGACACUCAAUUUUUCCCAUCAUAAGCUAUUCUCCUUAUUUCGUUCAUUAUGGCAUUAUUCCCGAUCUUUAUAUUUUGACAUCUAUUUUUUCACCGUUCUUUAUAUAUUUGCGUAUUCAUGACUUUUUUUUUUAAUAUUUCGCCCUUCUUUUUUCCAAAUUUGACCAGCAUUUUCCAUUCUGUAAAAUCCACCUAGACCCUCAUUUAAUGUUGGUUGUUUCUUUGUUUCAAAAUAACAAACGUUUUAAAAGACUUUCAAACUAGUAUAUUAAUAAAGAAACUAAAGCAGCAGAAAACAAAUGAAGCUGUGCUUGUUUUCAAGAAUAAAAAUUUGGCAGGUAAUAGUUCAGACAAAGAAUUCGAACGAAAACCCAAUUAUGAAUAGAAGACAACGACCAAUUACAGAUGCUCAUGGAACAAAGGCUUUUUAACCACUCAGAUACUUUUUUUCAAUAAAUGAUUGAAAAAACAAAAAGUGCUAUAAACAUGUCAUUUUCGCUCUUUAAUUCAGAAUUUCUCCUAGUAACAUUAUUAGGAGGAUUAACAGAAGAAGCAUAAAAUUAGUUUUUUCGUGAAGCAGUUACACUUGUUAGUGGUACACAUGUUUAUCUAUUUUACCAACAGGAGCAUUGCACAUGUAGUUAUAGUUCAGCACGUAAAUUUAAUACCGGUAUCUUACAAGGGAGAUAAUCAUCCUAAAUCUUUCAACUCAGCAACACUCAAAUUGACUCGUUAUAUCGCAUGAUGUUUA